UUUUAUUUUGAAAAUAUCCACACAUUAAGCACGACAUUCGCUAUGUAUUGUGUGUUUGUACUAUUUGGACUAGUUUUGGUUUAUUGUCAUGCUGAUGAAUGCAGUUAUCCAUACCGACGAGUUGGUAAAGGAUGUUAUCUUAUACAAAAAGAUAGUGUGUCCGGUGAUACUGCUUUUGCAAAAUGCUUACGACGAGGUGCAUAUCUAGCAAACUUUGAAACUCUAAAUGAAGCUAUGUUGAUGAAGUACGAACUUCAAAAAAUGAAAACAGGUGUGCAUUAUUAUGUCGGUGGACGUAACAUCAAUAGGUACAAGACCGGUGGUGAUUGGAGAUGGAUAAAAAAGGACGGAGAAAUGGUCAAGAUGAAGUACUUUGCAUUUGAUAAUGGAGAACCAAAUGGAACAUUAAAGGCUGCACAAGAUUGUAUGUUCUUCUAUGCUUCUAGAGGAUAUAGGUUCCAUGCUGUCUCGUGUGCAAUUGGUGGUUUACUUGGAGGUUAUAUUUGCGAGAAAUAAAUUAUGAUUU